CAAUUUUAUUCGUCCAUCUUAUCGAUAAAAAUGUGAAUAAACAUGAAAUUAAGUGAUAGAAAUUAAUUCUAAGUGAUACUAAAAACAAAGAUAGUCCUUUUUUGUGCCAAAAAACAAAAACAAUAACAAUAACUACAAACAAACAAAAAAUGGCUUUAUUAAAUUAUAGUUUACCGCCAUUUGCAUCAAACAUACCAUCAACGCCAUCUAUCCCACAAUAUAAUAACUACCAUCAACAGCCAUCACAACUGUCACAUCCAAAUCAACCGCCCAUUUUGUAUCCACAAAUCCCAGUGCCAAAUUUAGGUUUACCAUCACCGCCAUCAGCGUUAAACAGUCGAACAAAUAAUCCAUAUAAUGCGUAUAUGCAACAGUAUCAACAGAGGACAGAGAAAAUUGAGAAACAAUACCAACAAAAUGGUGGCAUUCAACAGCAACAACAAUUACCAUUGCCAUCACAGCAACAACAGAGGCAGAAUAAACCACAAUCUGAGUUAUUACCCCCACCAAUACCCCCACUACAACAACAACAACCACGAGCUCAACAACCGGUACAAUUGUUAACAGAGAAAGAAUUACAAGAGCGACAACAAUCCGCAUAUCCCAAUAGACCGAUUGAAUAUAAACGUAUUGAUCCAGAUUCACAGAAAACAUCGAUACAUCCGAUUAUCGAUUACGAUGAAUAUGAAUAUUACGAUGAUGAUACUGGUCAGCCUGUACCGGCACCUCCCAAGCCACCGGCACCACCGAUACCACCUCCGUUACAUGUUGCACCCAUACAAGGACCGAUUUUCCUGAAGAAUGGUACUGUACCAGUUGUGCCAUUGUAUUCGUAUCCGAUAUUAAAUAAUGGUACAUUUGUACAAAUUCCUAUUUUUUGGACAGCAUUAUCGAUUGCCUUAGGAUGGGAAUUACGUGGUGAAAUUAUUCGUGGAGUUCCUUGCAUAAAACGAUAUCAUCAAUUAUUUUGUCCGACUGCUGGAAAUAGUUACCCAAUAGAUCGUAUAGAAUUAUUUAUAGAUGAAAAUAAAGCAUUAAUGAAACGUAUGUAUGGGGAUUUUACAAUGAGUCCAGAUACAAAUCCCGCAUCAAAAUCACCACCGUCAUCACAAUCAUCCCGUAAAAAUAAACGAUCAACCCGUAGCGUAAUCAAUACAAAACAUCGACAACAUGGAAGCAUGGAACAUUUAAAUAACAACACAAUGCCAUUAUGGGCCAUUGAUUUAUACAGUGACCCAAUACCGGAUCCAGUCACGUUCGAUCAAAAACGUAACGACACAAAUAGUCAACAACAAGGUACAAAUUCAUAUUUUGCAAAGUUGCGUAAAGCACGUCAAUCAUCACCGUCAUCGUCGUCACGACCGCCACAAUCAGCCAUACCAAAUUUUAGUCAAAAUCAAUCGAAAAGUAAUCGUGUGGAUGCAUGCGAAAGUAAAAUUGAAAUUGUUACACCAUAUUGGGCAUCGAAUUCAGCGGGUAAAAUACGUGCUAUUGUGAAUACACAAAAUUUUGAACAAGCCAUACAUCAAGAAGUUUGCAAGAACAUGAAAACAGCACGAUGCAAAGACGAUUGUGAAUGUGAGCAAAAAUAUAAAUGGCAUCGAUUACUUGCAUACGAUCCAGAUAACGAUUGCAAAGGUAUUUUUAUGGAUUGGUUUUUAUUCCCAUCAUGUUGUGUAUGUCGAUGUAAUCCAUAAUAGACGUUGCUGAUAUUCGAUACAAUAUCAUUUCGAUUCAUAUACUUCGAUGAUAAAAACAUAUUAGUCAAGAAAAUAACAGUGCAAAAAUUGCGUUCGAAAGCCUUAAGAGUAUGAAACAAAAUCAAUUUACUUCUACAAUACAUAGUCAUUUUAUUCGCUAUGAUGUCUAGAACAAGGUUGGAAAUUUAAAAUUUUUAUCACGUCCAAAACGAAAAGUAAACAGGCUACAAAUAGCUCGUUUUGUAGUUAACCAAUCAAAAAAUAACUUAAACAAAAGUUGUUUAGUAAAAAUAACUUAAACAAGAGUUUGAUAGAGAGCAUCAUGUUCCGACAUCAGAUUGUACCUAGUUCUUCGGGUUUCUUUAAUAGCAAAUUUAGAUUCUAAACGGUAUGA